UCAUAUCCGGAGUAAAAUGGCCGCAGUGCGUGUGAUAAGGACCUGGAGCCAGAAUGCUGGACGGCUGCUUUGUGUUCACUACUUUCAAACAUGUAGUCAUGUUCAUGUUUUGAAGCCAAAAUAUGUGUGUUUCUUUGGUUAUCCUUCGUUCAAGUAUAGUCAUCCACAUCAGUUGCUGAAAACAACUGCUGCUCUACAGGGACAGAUUGUUCAAUUCAAACUCUCAGACAUUGGAGAAGGGAUUAGAGAAGUAACUGUUAAAGAAUGGUAUGUAAAAGAAGGAGAUACAGUGUCUCAGUUUGAUAGCAUCUGUGAAGUUCAAAGUGAUAAAGCUUCUGUUACCAUCACUAGUCGUUAUGAUGGAGUCAUUAAAAAACUGUAUUAUAAUCUAGACGAUAUUGCCUAUGUGGGGAAGCCAUUAGUAGACAUAGAAACAGAAGCUUUAAAAGAUUCGGAAGAAGAUGUUGUUGAAACUCCUGCUGUGUCCCAUGACGAACACACGCACCAAGAGAUAAAGGGCCAAAAAACACUGGCAACUCCUGCAGUUCGCCGCCUUGCAAUGGAAAACAAUAUUAAGCUGAGUGAAGUUGUUGGCUCAGGAAAAGAUGGCAGAAUACUUAAAGAAGAUAUUCUCAACUUUUUGGAAAAGCAGACAGGAGCUAUAUUACCUCCUUCACCCAAAGCUGAAAUUAUGCCGCCUCCACCGAAACCGCAAGACAGGACUAUACCUAUACCAAUAUCAAAACCUCCAGUCUUCACAGGCCAAGACAGAACAGAACCCAUAAAAGGCUUUCACAAAGCAAUGGUCAAGACUAUGUCUGCAACCCUGAAGAUACCUCACUUUGGGUAUUGUGAUGAGGUUGACCUUACUGAGUUGGUUAAGCUGCGAGAAGAAUUAAAACCCAUUGCUUUUGCUCGUGGAGUUAAACUCUCCUUUAUGCCUUUCUUCUUAAAGGCUGCUUCCUUGGGAUUACUACAGUUUCCUAUCCUUAAUGCUUCUGUGGAUGAAAACUGCCAGAACAUAACAUAUAAGGCUUCUCAUAACAUUGGGAUAGCAAUGGAUACUGAACAGGGGUUGAUCGUCCCUAAUGUGAAAAAUGUUCAGAUCUGUUCUGUAUUUGAGAUCGCCGCUGAAUUGAACCGCCUCCAGAAAUUGGGCUCCGCGGGUCAGCUCGGUACCACUGAUCUCACAGGAGGAACGUUUACUCUUUCCAACAUUGGAUCAAUUGGUGGUACCUAUGCCAAACCAAUGAUAGUGCCACCCGAAGUAGCAAUUGGGGCUCUUGGAUCAAUUAAGGCCCUUCCCCGAUUUAACGAGAAAGGAGAAGUAUAUAAGGCACAGAUAAUGAAUGUGAGCUGGUCAGCUGAUCACAGAAUUAUUGAUGGUGCUACAAUGUCACGCUUCUCUAAUUUGUGGAAAUCCUACUUAGAAAACCCAGCUUUUAUGCUACUAGAUCUGAAAUGAUGAUUGAUAAGACAUCCUUGAGCUUUUUGAGCUUCCAAAGAAUAUGUAGAGCCUAGCUGUGCCAGCACGUGCUCUUCAUUACAGUUUGUAUUAUAAAUGAUUUGUAUUGUAUAAUUAAGGUUUUAAGGCAUAAUAUUUAUCACUAUUCUGUCAGAUUUUUUUUACUGAAAAUGAGUAAUGGUGGAAUAGGUCUCCUGGAGCUGUCGCAUUUUAUAGGUCAUAGUUUGACUUCUUAAUAUGGUGCUGAGGUCUUUGUGUCAAAGGAUUGAAACUGGCAAGAACAACCAAAUUAAUAUUACUAAAAGACAGAUGGCCAUAUACAGUAUUUGCCCUAUUUUUUUCUUUCUUCCUUUUUUUAUUUUAAAUUGACUCUUAAUGAAACUUUUCAAUUACACUUAGUUGGGAAAAGGAGUUUACAUACAAAAAUAUUUUCUAUUUCCCCACAAUAAUGCUAAUUGUUGUAUAAAAUAAGUGCAAUUACUUUACCUUUUAAGAUAUCCAGGAGUAUGUGGCUCUGUAGAGAUUAUCAUCUGUAAAUGUCUUAUUUAUAUAAAUUAAUAUCUUUUAAAAGGGAAAAUUGUAAGCAGAUCUUAGAAAUGCCCAAUUAUAGUUUUAUAACCAAUAAGGCUAUUAAAGGCAUUUGUUUAAAAUGGAUAUACUUUUAGAAUUUUGGUAAUGUUUUGGUGUCUUGUUGGGAAAAAAACUUCACCUUUGCAAACUUGCUUCAAGUAAGGAAGGUACUUUAAAUGUAGCAGCCACUGACUUAUAUUCUGUUUUACAUUCAAAAGUCCACUGCCUUUUAACUUUCUUGGUUGUAAGCUAAAAAAUAGGAGAGGAGAAGAAAUUAAGGUCUAUUCCAUUCUCCAUAUCCUGAGUAGGAAUGUGAAUAAGAGGAAAGAGAGGAGUCUAAUCAGUAAUUAUGGACAUUAAAAUAAAAUAAUAAAUUUUAUACAGAAAUGAAGGUAUCAUCAUGAUCAUUUUGUUAGAGGCCCACUUUAAUCAGAAAUAGCAUCGAGAUUAAUAUAAUCCAACAUUUUGAUUUGCAUAUAGAAAUCUAGGUUGUUUCUAAUAUUGUCUAAUUGAAAACUGUAUGUACAAGUGAAGUUUUAUGACAGAAAAAAAUGUGUUUUAAUAUCUGCUUGAUUGUUUUCAAAAUGGAAAUAGU